AUGGGGCGCUCCGGCGCGCUGUUGGCCAUACUGGCGCUCGCGGCCCUCGCGAGGUGCUUCGUACCGGCCGAAAUGGCGAGGGCCCCUCGGGACCGAGUGGCCCGAAGCGCGGGGGGGCUCAUCAACAAGCUGCGUGCCAAGAGCGGCCGCGCCAAGCCGGAGUUGCAGCAGGCGGAGGCCGCGCUGAGCUCCGCGCUGCCGCCGGGCUCCACGGCGCCGGCGCUGAGGGCGCGGUGCCACGAGCUGCUGAAAAGCAACCCAGAGAUGCUGAAAGCCGUUUCCAGCGCCUCGGACUUUCGGAUCUCAGUGAUGACGGAGGAGGAUGCCCAAGAUCUGGCAGACCUUCAGGAGGAGUGGUUCCCCAAGGAGUCCUGUCGAGGAGGUGCUCCUUGGUGCAAAGAGCUGUUGGCCCACGAGGGGGUCUUGGCUUUCAAGGCCACUUUGCCGCAGGAUGAGACCUCCGCCCCCGUGGGCGCCCUCGUCGCCCUGGCCAGUCGCGCGGCCAUCGAGGAGUUUGGGGGCGAGGCCACAGUCGACAACCUCAGGAAGGAGCUGACCAUCCCGAAGUUCAUACCUUGGGACAGCCCGGACCGGCGCUCUCUGGGCUAUGUGCUCAGCCUGGGCAGCGUCGGGGAGGUGCGGCGCCGGGGCCUGGGCGGCGCGCUGCUGCGCCGGGCCCUCGCCGAGCUGAAGCAGUCCGCAGGGCCGGCGCCGCUGAACCUGCUAGGUAAGGGGCCCAAAGACACGGCGCUUCACGUGGUGGCCUUACACCUCGCAGACUACAACCGUGUGGCGCGGGCUUGCUACGAGGGCUUGGGCUUUGAGAUGAUCAAGGAGGAGCCUGAGUCUUACGCCGGCGUGGGGCGGCGCACGCAUUCCUCGUUGCUGUAUGCUCUCUUCAUCGAGUAG